UCCACAAAAUGGCGUCCUUUGCGAUCGACGUGGAAGACGACACAUUCAAUGAUCAGAACAAGUCGAGUGAUGGGUUACAGUUUCAAGAUAUUCCCCACACGGAAGACAAAGGGAAGAUACAGACUCACACCUUCACCAACUUUCCCCACACAGCCGACUCCGACGAUGAUGCUGGGGAUAAAUCAGAGCUGUUGAAAGAUGAGAAGAAGCCACCAUCAUUCUGGACGUUUGACUACUACCAGCAGUUCUUUGAUGUAGACACACAUCAAGUCUUGUACAGAGUGCUUGGGUCAAUGACCCCGCGGCCAGGCCGCAACUUCCUCACAACGCAGAUACGACCAAAGCCGGAUCUAUAUGGCCCAUUCUGGAUCUGCACUACACUGGUUUUCACCACAGCCAUCGCAGGCAACCUGGCCAACUAUUUUCAAGCUGCUGGCAAAGGCUAUACAUGGAAGUAUGACUUUCAUAAAGUAACCUUCGCAGCAACAGCUAUCUUUAGCUACUGGUGGCUGAUCCCAGCAUGCCUGUUCGGCCUCUUGUGGUGGCGCGGUAGUCAGUCUCGCUACACAUUCCUGGAACUCAUCAGUGUCUAUGGCUACUCCCUGGCAAUCUACAUUCCUAUAUCGAUUCUAUGGACAAUCCAGAUCAACUGGGUACAGUGGACGCUGGUCAUCCUCGGGGCUGCCCUGUCCGGAAGUGUUCUGGUAUUCACGUUCUGGCCUGCUGUUCGGGAAGACAACAAGAGAAUUGCCUUUGCGGUUAUGGCUGUGAUCCUCAUAUUUCAUGCUGCCCUAGCAGCUGGGUUUGUCUUGUACUUUUUUCACGUUCCUGCCAACGCAACCACUCCCUCUACCCUCAAUCCUGCUGCCAACAAUACCAAUAUCUCAAGAACUUCAUUGAAGAUUGAGGAGGCACAAGAAGCACAACGUGGAACAAAACUGUUGAACGCGAGUAAAGCACCGCAGCCUAUUCCUGGACUAGUUCCCCCAAACGCAAAUGCUGGUGCUGGUGCUGGCACAGGUACACGGAGGACUUCAUUAAACUUACCAGUCUCACAACAACAAAAAACAAGAGACAAGCAAUUUGAGAAAGAGAGAUCAACAAACAAAGGUGUGGAUAAGAGUGAGAAAGGGAGUGAGAACACUAGCAAACAUGUCCCUGGACCGGACAGUCGAAUGAAGAGGAGAAAACAUCUGGUGCAAUCUGGUUGAUCACAGGAUGACUUGCUGAUGUGGCUGCAGGCUGCUUCUUGGGAAUGUAUUCUAUUUAUUGUGGGCGCAGAAUGAACUCAUGGAGGUUUCGCACUAAUGUUAUCAUUGAUAAACUGUUCUAUCAUUUGUGAAUUUUGUUGGUUAUGAUGUGUGCUUGGGCUGAGUGUGUGUUGUCAUACCUUCUGGCACAUGCUCAUGAUGUCAACCACUGGUUGCUCUGACCAAGGCUUGCUUAUUGAUAGGCCACUGUGAAAAGGCUGGAAUAUUACUGACAGCAGCAUUAAACAGGAUUCAUUUCAUCAUUCUUGACUUGCCAAAGUAUAUUUUUGCUUAUUUAUUCUCAGACUUAACAUGUAUGUGAGAUGGCUUAACAGUCUCUUGUAUAUGUGAUGGGUGCUUUCUUGGUCGUGUUUGAAGUGCAUGUGUGGGUUUUAGAAAUCUGCAAUCCAUUGACAGUCAGUCCUGCGAACAAGUGAUCCUAUUUCAGACAGUCACUUGUCAGUGUAACUGGCACCCUGGACAACCAUGUCCCACAUAUCUAAGAACUGUGGCUUACUGUGAUCAUAGUAUUGAAUAGGGAUGGUUAUUGGAGGUUUAAAGUGCAUCACAAUAUAUUGUAUAAUUCUAAAUUAUUAAUUCAGGAGCUAUCUGAUACAUUGAGGUAUGAAUUGAAGUUCAUAAAUGGAACAAAACAAGAUGCUGGUACAACAUAAUAUUUACUCAUUCAAUGAAUACGGAGCCAUCUUGGGGCCUCGGAUCCUCGCUCCUUGGCAGCGAAGGCAUUUGGCAAGUAUAUAACAUCAAACACCAAUCCAAAUUUGAAAUCACCUGAUAUAUCGAGCAUGAAAAAAUGAUAUUGUGAUAUGUAUCGUGGAAAGAAUGAACCUCAAUUUACCGAUAUACCGGUAAUACCUCACACCCUUAUAGUCUGGAAGGUAAUUUAAGGUACCGAUGUUUACUACAACAUUUGAAAAACUAUCGGACCUACUCCAGUCUAAGUUCGUAUGAGAUUAUUAAACAGUCAUACAUAACUGGAUAUUACAUUUAAAGACAAUCUGUGCAUAAAUAAAAAAUCUUUUUAGCUAUCACUAUAUUUCAUCAACAACCAGACCUGUUCGUCACGGGUGGAACGAGCAUUCACUGAAACAGCCAUCUGUUACAGGGCUAUAUGACACAGUUGAACCAAGCAACUCAACUCGUAAGGUUGCACUGGAAUCACGCACGCACGAAUAUGGUGUUAGCGUUGGGCGUCUCAACGUGAGUGAUUCCCGUGCACCCUUUCAAGUUGAGUUGAUUGGUUCAACUGUGUCAUAUGGCCCUGUGACAGAUAAUCUCAUACCAACUUUGACUGGAGUAGGUCCGAUAGUUUUUCAGAUAUUGUAGUAAAGGUCGGUACCUUAAAUUACCUUCCAGACUAUAGUAUUGAACGACCUAUGACAGACAGAAGGUUUUUUCACAUGUUUGGCACAUCUGAAUGUUUGGUUGCAGAAUUUGAUCAGCCAAAGACGUAUAUAGAUCUAUAUUCGUCUUUGGAUCAGCUGAUAAUAGAUGUGUCAAUUGUGAUCUGUAUUAUUUCCUGCAUAUGAUGGAAUAUGUUCUAAAUAUGUAAGAAGUUUAGCCAAGCUUUUUCACAGCAGAGAUUUAUCUAGACCUAUUCAGAGGCUAAUAUUCAGUUCCAAGACUGCAAAAUGUCAGUAAUGAUUCCCAAAUAGGAAUAUAUAAUUUCUGAAUUCAUAAUAUAGUUAUAACUAAUAUUGUCAUGAUUAUGGCUUUAGAAGAGGACUUCUAUUUCAUUCACAGGACCAAUGAAGAGGGAAAGGCAUUAUUGUAUCAACAUGUUGAAGGCAAUUUUUGAAAAAAAUCUCAAGUUUGCACGACAUAAUAAUUCUUCUCAAUAUGCCUGCCAAGAGCAGUUUGCAAUCCCAGAUCAAUACCUGCACAGAUUGUGAUUUUGGGAGGAUAAGUGCCAAGUUGACAUUCCUUUGGAAUCUUGUAAAUAUGUGCAACGUGGCAACAUUUGUGGGUUGAAUAGUUAGUUGAAGGGAACUUGUUUACAUGAUUAUGACAUGAAUGUAAAAUACAUAAAUAUGUGUAUGUAUGUAAAGCCUUGUAUAUUACAUUUCUUUUCAUGCGUCAUCUGUUUGAUUUGUUUGUGUUGAUAAUUUGAAAAUAAUAUCUGCUGUAAAGCAUUGUAAAGUAUUAUGUCUGCAUGCAGUAAGUAUUAUUUGUCAUGAUGAGCAAUAAUGAGCUUUCUCAUUAGAGUUAGGAGUUAGAAUUGGUCUUCAUCCUUGUUGUAUGAGACGACUAAUGGGAUCGGGUGGUCAGACUCGAUGACUUGGUUGAUACAUGUCAUCGUAUCCCAAUAGCGUAGAUCGAUGCUCAUGAUGUCAUUCACUGGAUUGUCUUGUCCAUAUUUGAUUAUGUACAGACCACAGUCAUAUAGCUGGAAUAUUGCUGAUUGUGGCAUUAAACAACAAACAAACAAACCAACAAAUCUUAUUUAAAUACUAGGGGACUGAUGGCACAUUUGUCUGUGUUGCCGCCAUUAGCCUUGCUAAGUUCUCUUCGCUUUGUUCAUGCUCUGACUUUGAUCAAGCCAGCACUUUGUGAUAUAACUGGAAUACUGUUCAAAGCCAUCUCACUCACUCACUCUGGAAACAACAACAACAACACAAUGUAAAUACAUCAGCUUAAUCAGUGAUUAAUAUUAUGAAAUUUCCUCAGAGAUUUCUUCAAAUUUAGGCAUUCAGUUUUCAGUCAUGUUUUUGCUGUCUGUUGUUUUUUCUUCAAUGCUGUAACACCAGCACUGUAAUUGGGUAAAGGAUGGAAACAAAUAUUGCAUAUAUACCGGUAAUGUAUUAUGGAAUUUGUCUUAACAUGUUAGGUUUAGUGUGGACGCCUAAGUAUAUCAUUGGUCAUUGCUUGUUAAGUUAAUAUUGAUCUUCAUCGGGGAAUAAUAUAUUGUGAAUGGUGUUUGCAUGUAUAAUGUACAUUAGAUAGGCAAGAUGCACUAAUGCAUCAGGAUAUGAAUAUAUUACCAGAGGAGAGGGUUGAUCCCAGAUGCGGGGACUGACUUUUUAAACAGAAUUUGGGCUAAUACAUUCAGGUUGGUAGUUAAAAAAAAUACAAAUGUAAAAAAUUGAUUUAUAAUAUCUUCUGUUUAUUUACUUUCACGAUUGAUCAUAAUCUGAUUUUAAUAGUUUUUAAGAUAAAUUCAACACAUUUUCAUUCAGUUAUUAAAAUAAUUUAUUUAUGUUGAUAGUGACAAUAAGUAAAUUUGUUUUUUAGACAUUUUACUUAUUUCUGGUUGUUGUAAUAUUAAAAUACCCCUUUCUUUCGUUUCAAUUAUUUGUAGUCAGCAGAUUCUUAAACCAAAGUUUAAAAAAAGGUCUUGCUUAAGUGUACUGUGGUGAGAAACAUUAUAUCAGGGGGUUAGAGUUAAAAAAAACAUGAUUAGAAAUUAGAGCAUUUUAAUAUAGAUUGUUUUGUCCAAGGAUCAGGAAUAUUUUUUUUAUCUUUAAAUAUAUCUUGCUAUAUCAUCUUUGUAUGGGAGGGUUGUGUUAACUUUGCAUGAAAAAUAUUGGUAUAUUGCCUUCAGUACACUGAUAGAGGAUCAAUCUUCAUGUAUAAGGGUUUUCAUGGUCUAAAGUUGAGAACAUCCAUCAACCAAGCAGAUUGAAAAAAGGUUUUGAAACCAUGUGUAAGAAUUGAACAAAAAGACAUUUUGUGUGGAGAAAUGGUGUAUAACAAGGUGUGUUUACUUUGUGAUGGGUAGAUUUCCGGGCACGAAACUUUGUGAAUCAUUGUGCUUUGACUAAUAACAUUCCUAAGUUAGAGUGGGUAAAAUAUCUGUUGAAAAAUGGCAUUAAAUACUUUUUUGCAUUCUAA